AUGAAAUAAAUCCUUACAAUUUAAAUCAUUUUCAAACACUCGUUAAACAUUAUUUACAUAUCUUCAAAAAAAUGGCAAAUGAUAUAGCAAACCCUGACAGUUUCGUUUCAACAAAGCAAUUUCCUGACGAUUUUCUCCUAGGAACGGCGACUGUUGCUUACCAAGUAGAAGGUGCUUGGAAUGAAGAUAAGGCGGAAACCAUCUGGGAUCAUUAUUUCCAUUCCAAUGAAGCAAACAAGAAGUUCAGAUACUUUUUAGACUUACCGGAAUCAGUAAUCGAAAAACACAUACAGAAGGGUGUCAAACCUAGAUUAGCUGAUUUAUAUAAGGGAAUGGGAGUAUAUGAAUUUCCAUCAUCUGCUAUUGAAGAUGGUACAGAUUUUCAUUUCAACGGAGAUGUAGCAGCGGAUACGUACCACAAAACAGAUGUAGAUGUCAAACUUCUCAAGGAAUUGGGUGUUCAAGUUUAUCGAUUUUCAAUAAGUCCAGCUAGAAUUAUUCCAAAAAUUCAUGAUCAUUCACUGGGAAUAGCCGGAAUAGCUUAUUAUAAUAAUCUAAUUGACAAAUUAAUUGAAAAUGGAAUCACACCAAUGGCAACCUUGUACAGCUAUGAUAUGAUAGAAGCUUGCAAUACAAUUGGAGGAAUGGCAAGUUGGACUACUUUUGCAAUUUUUCCAAUUUAUUCAAGAGUUUGUUUCGAGAACUUCGGAGACAGAGUAAAAUAUUGGACAACAACUGCAGACAUAAAUCUUUCGAUUGAAGGAUGUGGUUCUGAGCAUUUUGCUCCUGGUUACCAAGAACCAAUAUUUAGUGGAAUUUCUGAUUAUCUAGCAUUACAUAACAUUAUUCAUGGGCAUGCAUUGGUUUAUAAACUAUACAAUGAUGAAUUUAAAGAAAAACAAAAAGGACAAAUAAGUAUAGCCAUAGAUGGUGUUUGGUUCAACCCCAAAGACCCAAAUAAUCCAGAACAUCAAAAAGCUGCUGAAACUGCAAGAAUGUCUACAUUUGGUUUAAUAGCACAUAUAUUAUCUACUGGACAGUAUCCAGAAGAAUUUUUAGAGGCAAUUGCUAAGAAUACCAAAAAAGAAAAAAUACGACUCGACCGAGUUAAACAGUUUACAGAAUAUGAACAGAAAUUAAUUAAAGGUUCAUUCGAUUUUAUUGUAUUCAACUAUUAUAACAGCGUAAAAGUGCGACCAAUGACCGAUGAAGAAUUUGCUGCUGAACUUAAUCUUAAAAAAAGAGAUCGAGGAUAUUUUAUGGACCUUCAUAGUACUACACAAACUGAAGUUUUCGAAGGAUUUUUAAAUUGCCUGAAAUGGAUUAAUGAGAAAAUGAAUAAUCCAAAAAUAUUUAUCGGUGAGAACGGAUUUCCUGAGGAAGAUGGUAUCGAUGAAAGUGAAAAAAAAAUAGCUUAUCAUACUGGCAUUUUAAAUAAAUUACUAGAAGCAUUGGAUGAAAACAUAAAUGUGUUUGGAUACUGUGUUUGGUCGUUUAUAGAUACACUGGAAUUCACAUUUGGCUAUUGGAAGAGAUUUGGAAUUUAUGCCGUAGACUUUAAUGACGAAUCAAGACCACGUACAAAGAAAAACAGUUUUUCAUUUUUUGAACAAUUGUUCAAAACGAAGAAAUUGCAAGAAAAACAUGUAGAAUGAAAUAGAAAAAUAAAAUACGUACAUAUUGUUAUGGGUGGGUAAUUUAUUAUAUUGUACGUUUUAUUAUGUUAUACGUAUUGUAUCU